UGAAACUAGACGGUUGUCUGCUGUGGGGAGGCUGAGUGGGGCGGCGCGCAUCGCCGAGUCGGUUCUCUUCGGAGCCCUCAGAGGGUGCGCCCCCCGGGGCGGUCUUGUUUACGCCUGACGCUCCCUUUUCAGCUUCCUAACGUGAACCGAGUGGCUCCCUCUAGUCACCUGAGCGCUAGCCCUAAAAGAGAGGCGGCACGAUGGAGUUCAAGCUGGAGGCUCACCGCAUCGUCAGCAUCUCGCUGGGCAAGAUCUACAACUCGCGUGUCCAGCGCGGCGGCAUCAAACUGCACAAGAAUCUCCUGGUCUCGCUGGUGCUGCGCAGCGCCCGCCAGGUCUACCUGAGUGACCCGUGCCCUGGUCUCUACCUGGCCGGCCCCGCGGGGACUCCGGCGGUGCCGCCACCGCAGCCCGGGGAGCCGGCGUCCGGGCCACCUGCCGGCUGGGGAGAGCCGCCUCCGCCGGCCUCCCGCGCCGCCUGGCCGGAGAGCGAGGCGCAGCCGGAGCGCCCCGAGGUCCCCAACGCGCCGCGGGCGGGGAGCGCAGCAGAUCCCGCGGCCACCGAGGCCGGAGCGGGGAACGUGGCGGAAGCUGCCGGGGACCGCGUGGACGGACCGCGCGUGGCGGCGGCUGGGGAAGUCUCGGACGUGUCCCUCCGCGCCGACUGUCGCUGCGAGUCCCCCGCGCCACCAGUCGUGUGUCCCAGGAAGCGUGGCGCGGCGGGGGCGGGCGGCGGCCAUGCGGGCUGCCCGGCGCCCGGCUCAACCCCGCUCAAGAAGCCGCGCCGGAACUCGGAGGAGCAGAGCGGCGGGGGCGAGGAGGACGGUGAGGAGGAGAUGGAGACGGGGAACGUGGCUAACCUCAUCAGCAUCUUCGGUUCCAGUUUCUCGGGACUCUUACGGAAAAGCCCCGGGGGCGGCCGGGAGGAGGAGGAGGCCGCGGAGAGCGGCCCGGAAGCCGCUGAGCCCGGGCAGAUCUGCUGCGAUAAGCCGGUGCUGAGAGACAUUAACCCCUGGAGCACAGCCAUCGUGGCCUUCUGAGCCCGGCGCCCCAUGCGGGUGGAGGUGCAGCAGCGAGCGUCCCCGAAGGGAGGGCCGGGCCUCUUUCCGGCUGCGAGGACGCCCGAGACCGCAGGCGCCGAGCGCGCGGGGCGCUGGUGGCCGCCGGGCAGCCCCUGACCCCGGUUUGGCCCUGCUGCCCGCUAUCCUCGGUUCAGCUGGGAACCGGGAGUCCGAGGCUGAGUGCGAGAGGACGGUCGUUCUCCUUUGUGUAUGUAUAUGUCUGCGUCUGUAAGUUUGUCUUGUUGAAUUGAGACUUAUUUUGUCCUUCUGGAAUGCAUCACCCCUUCCCCGGGGCUUAAGACUUUGGGGACAGACAGGGACUUUCCUCUGCCCGGAGCACGGAGAAGGAAGCGGUGAAAGGCUCGGGGUCGGGAGUUCCCCGCUCGAUGGUGGGGGAGGGAGGGACUUCACGCGCCCCUCUCUGGAAGCGAAGCCGCCCGGGGGCCAGGCGUUUCCUCCCAGGAUUUCCGCGGGCCGGAGUGGACGUGGGUUCCUUGUCUUCCUCCCACCAUCCUCUCGCACAGAAGAAACAUACCCCGCGGGUACUCUGGAAAAGGAGUGUCAAGGAACCUUCACUUCCCCCCAGGGGAAUAAAGCUUGAUGAACUUCACCGGAGAGGUCAAGCUUGCAAAUAAGGAGUUUCUAGAGAAAAGAUGUAUUUUUAAAAGCUCUAGCUCAGAACUACCACACAGUGCUUUUAAAAAGUGUUUAAUGAAACAAAGUUUACAGACAGAAGCCCUAAAUGGAAAGAUCUUAUGGUUUUGUAGAUACGGUGACUCCAGUCUUUGUUGUAUAAAGGUUGGGGAAGCUGAUAAGGUUUUUGUACAGUAUUUUCUCCUUCGUUGUAUUGACUUUUGUAUAAAAAUGUAACUUACGUGUCUAACACGUAUUAAAUAUUUUGAAGCAACUUCACUGCCUCCUUGUCUAUAUAAAUCACUUGUCUGGGUUUCCAGCAAAGAGGGAAGAGGGAAGCUAAGGCCUAGGCUAGCGAAUUGAAGGUGUGGUUCUUAGUAUCAGACUAAGGGUAUUAUUUGCUGACUUCACAAAGUAUCAAGAGACGCACGUUGCAGGUUUCACCCCCAUAGCAUAGGACUGCUAUUAGACACACUAGUAUGAGAGACUGCCAGUUUCUUGAAAACUGUUCCUGCAACUGCCUUUUUUAUAGUCAGUCAACUGAGGUAAAUUUGAUUUUCUACAGCCCAGCCUGACGGUGUCUGUUUAACAUUAGAUAAUCGAGUCACCAACUUGUGAAGCCCUUCUUACACACAAAAAUGUUUUUCACUAAAACUUUCUUGUAGUCUCCUGUUAAGCUUUUAGCUUUGAAGUGAAGUGGGAAAGAAAAAAGUUUAGAUCAUAGCUACUUUAGAAGUCUAUUAGAAUCAGAGGGAGAAGCUUAUGAGACUGCUUGUCCAAGUGCUCAGGACCACCUCUGCAUUCCAUUACAUGUCCAAGUUGAAUUUUUCUUUUUUCUUUUACUACUACAGCUGUGGAAAAUAAGUGCAUUAGUGAAAGUGAAAUUCUGUGUGUCAAACCAGAUAAGGAAGGAGGCUAGGUAAAUUAUGCAGCAAAACUUCCUGAUUUGCUUUUGUCACCUAAGUGAUGACAUCAGUGUUUUGGUCCUGAUAAAGCACUUAGGUGAUGACAGACAAGUCAUUUUACUAAAAUUACUGCUUUUAAGGGAGCUUUUUGUCUAAAGCAAAAUGUUCAAUAGUUGAAAGGUUUUCAAUAAUCUCUUAUUUCAGUAGCAAACCAAGUGGGGAGUGGUGUUUUAAAACGUGGUUGCCAGUUCUUUAAAAGAUGGUUCCAGUUUAUGAGUACAUAGAGUGUUUAAGAGGCAGGAGAAACUGAGGAAAGGGACAAAGCUUUAAGUAAAGG